AAUUUGUUUGAGUUUCAUGAGAUUGGGAAGCACAACAAUCUAACUUGAAUUAAUAUAUUUGUUAAAUGCAACAUAAUCUUGUUUAACUAUCGUCCAUGGAUGCGUGUCCUUUCGCAUUCCCGCUUCAUUUCGUCUGCUUUUAGGGCUUUUCUUUUCUUCUUCCUCCUCUGGCUUCUUUCAUUUUGCAAUAGCUCUCUCUCUCUCUCUCUUUUCUGGCCUUGUUGCUGUUUGCUCGAGAGAUUUGAAGAAGAAGAUCAAGAGCUUCUGGGUUUAAGGCUUCAAAGUCAUGUCUGGAAAAUCAUCAGCUCCUCGGGACAAAUCGGUGAAGAACGAAAUCUUGUCAGUGGCUACUUCGGGAAGAAGCAUUGCGUUUGCUCCAGACGAGUUAUUGAAGACAAGAUACGAAAUCCUGAAGGAGAACCAUGAUAGCCUGAAAGACGAUUACGCAAGUCUUAAGAAAAGAUUUAAGCUUGUACAAGACAUGAAUGAGAAGAUGAGUUCGCGUCUUCAUAACCCAAACCAAACCAAGGAACUCGAGGCGACAAAUCUACGCCUGCAAAAGGAUCUUGAGAGCGAGAGAAGCGAGAAGGACAAGUAUAAGAAGACGAUUGAGGAGAUGAAGAGAAUGGAGGGUGGGAGUAAGAAGGAUCUUGAGAGCGAGAGAAGCGAGAAGGACAAGUAUAAGAAGAUGGUUGAGGAGAUGAAGAGAAAGGAGAUUGAGAGUAAAGCCAUGAUCGAUGAUUUGAGGAACAAGAACGAUGAGCUCUUGAUUGCGAUAGAGAAAGAAGAAGAGGAGCAUAAGAAGAUGGAGAGUAGGUAUGAUGAAUUAGCAGCGAGGUUUAACGAGGUGGAAAAGGAGUGUGCACAUUUUAAAUCACUCUACGAUGAUGCUAAGAAACUCAUCGACCAAGGAGGGAGCACUAUGGCUUUAGACAACGACGAGGUGGAAAAGGAGUGUUCACAUUUUAAAUCACUCUACGAUGAUGCUAAGAAACUCAUCGACCAAGGAGAGAACACUAUGGCUUUAGACAACGACGAGGUGAUUCUGGUGGAUGAGUAUCGUAAUACUAACAAUACUGUGACAGAUGCGAUCGUGGUGAUCAGUGACGACGAGAGUGAAGCUGAGCAUGAGAAGCCCCCAAGAGAGAGCAAGAUAAUCCCUCAAUUGGCUGUUGGUAUAAAACAAGAAGAACAAUGGAGCAGUGGAGCAAACUCAUUACAAGUAAAUCAGCCAGUAUCUAAAGUAAAGAAGCAUUGGUCAUCAUCAGCGUCGUCAUCAUCAUCAUCAUCAUCAGAUAAAUAUGUUUUGGUUCGGGUUCCCAAGAAGAAAAGGUCGUGGGAUGAUUAUAAAAAGUCUUGUUGAAUCUUUCGGAUGCAGAGAACACAGUUGCUCAGUCUUUUGUUAAGCUAAGCUAAGGCGCAUAUAUCUUAUCAGUCUCCGGUGUAUAAUUUUUUUUUUUGGUUUUGUUCCGGAGUUAUUAACGGUCUGGUGGAGCUAGAGGCUAGUAGAGUAGACAAUUAUCUCUGACUCAGUUAAGUUAAUUUGUUUUUUGUAUGUCUGUUUAUAAGUACUACU